GUCCGUUCUGCAGCGUUGCGAUGGCGAGCGCAUCUGGCAGUUUGAGUGCAGUGCGGGAGACCAUGGACGUACUUCUCGAAAUAUCACGAUUGUUGAACACUGGCCUGGAUAUGGAAACCCUGUCGAUAUGUGUGAGGUUAUGCGAACAAGGCAUUAAUCCAGAGGCCUUGUCCUCUGUUAUAAAGGAGCUCCGCAGGGCAUCAGAAGCUCUCAAGGCUCCCGAUAAUGCGGCUAGCUAGCAAGUAUUGCUUCUGAUGGAUCGCUUUUUAUAUCAAGUUUGGAAGCAAUAAUGUUUCAGAAUCUGGCGGCUCUCUGACGCAAUCCUCAAUUUGAAGCUCUGCGUACAUUAUGGAAUACUUGGACUUUUAUAUUUACUUUUUCCAUAUUUAUAUUAUGUCAAGCACUUGAACUAUUUAACAAUGUUUUGUAACAUUU